GUCACAUCAGUCAGCAGUCUGGCUGCGCCUCACAGAGAUGGCGUCUCUUCUGCAGCCGGAUAAAGUUGUCUAUUUGGUUCGUGGAGAGAAAAAAAUCAGAGCUCCUUUGUCUCAGCUUUAUUUCUGUCGCUACUGCAGUGAGCUUCGAUCUCUGGAAUGUGUCUCUCACGAGGUGGACUCCCACUAUUGUCCAAGCUGUCUGGAAAACAUGCCAUCUGCAGAGGCUAAGCUUAAAAAGAACAGGUGUGCAAAUUGUUUUGACUGCCCAUGCUGCAUGCACACACUGUCAACUCGGGCCACCAACAUACCAGCUCCUCUGCCUGAUGAUCCUACUAAGACAACCAUGAAGAAGGCCUAUUAUCUGGCAUGCGGUUUCUGUCGCUGGACCUCCAGGGAUGUAGGAAUGGCUGACAAAUCAGUUGCCAGUGGUGGAUGGCAGGAACCAGAGAAUCCUCAUACUCAGCGGAUCAACAAGCUGAUUGAGUAUUACCAGCAACUAGCUCACCGAGAGAAGCAGGAGAGAGACAGAAAGAAGCUGGCCAGGAGAAGACAGUGCAUGCCUCUGGCAUUCUCGCAACACACUAUUCACGUGGUGGAGAAAUAUGGCCUUGGAACUCGACUACAGAGGCAGAGGCCUGGAGCUCCCAUUUCAAGCCUGUCAGGCCUUUCCCUUAAAGAAGGUGAGGACCAGAAAGAGAUUACUAUCGAACCUGCCCAGGCCCUUGAUGAAGUGGAGCCGCUGCCUGAAGAUUGUUAUACCGGGCCCAUCAGUUUACCAGAGGUGACUACGCUGCGCCAGCGGCUUCUGCAGCCUGAUUUCCAGCCUGCAGGUGCAUCUCAGCUCCACCCUAGACACAAACACCUUCUGAUGAAACGCUCUCUGCGCUGCAGGAAAUGUGAACACAAUUUGAGCAAGCCAGAGUUUAAUCCAACUUCAAUCAAGUUUAAAAUUCAGCUGGUGGCUGUGAGUUAUAUACCUGAAGUGAGAAUAAUGUCCAUUCCAAAUCUCCGGUUCAUGAAGGAGAGCCAAGUGCUGCUGACUUUGACCAACCCAGUGGAGAACAUCACCCAUGUCACUUUGAUCGGUUGUCAGGAGGAGGAUCCCGAUGACAUCAACAGCACUGCCAAGGUUUUAGUUCCUGGCAAGGAGCUGGUAUUAGCAGGAAAGGAUGCUGCUGCAGAGUACGAUGAACUGGCUGAACCUCAGGACUUCCAGGACGACCCAGAUGUGGUUGCCUUCAGGAAAUCCAACAAGAUUGGUUUCUUCAUCAAAGUCAUCCCUCAGAAAGAAGACGACGUGGAUGUUGCCGUUUCGUUCAAGAUAAGACACGACUUCCGCAACCUCGCAGCUCCCGUCAGGCCAAGCGAGGAGGGGGGCGAUAGCACUGCUGAUGCCAUUUGGCUCACACACCACGUGGAGCUGAGGCUGGGACCACUCGCCCCCUGAACAUAAAUACACUUACUCUCCGAACAGUCCCAGAGUCCUAGUAUUGGGUUCUUUGAACUAAUAUCUGAAAACUGUGGGAUUUAUUUAAUUUAAAGAUGAUUUCUGAUUCUGCUCAUUUCUGUGUCAGAACAGUUAGAAAUCUACAUUGCACACGACCGUUUCAGACUUGUUUCUGUUUGUAUUGAAGUUUAAGUUGAAUCAUUGUGGAACAUGCAGUGAGUGAAUAUUAGCCUUAUGAUAGUUUAUGACACUUUUGUUGGCUUCCUAUUUCUGCUUUCUUUCAGUGUUGCCAAAUGCAAAACAUGACGGUAUAUUUGAUGUCGCUAACUUCAUUAUCACCUUACCUUGAACCCUACAUCAGCACAGGAAGCAAAACAUGUAUAUACACACACAGUACGUGAUAAAUAAUCAUUUAUUUAAAAACAGUUUGGAUUAGAAAUACCACCUUUGCUGUUGCUCAAAUACGAAAACAAUGUUAUGUAUCUCCUCAAUGGCCGUGCAUUAAAUGUGUUCAUUUUCUACUAAAAGAGGAGAAUGAGUAGUAACAUAUGAAUACAACACUGAGAUUAGAGUAAAGUUGUGUCUAAUGACUUAUGUAGUGUUCAUGAGCAGAAUCAGAAACCAUAACUGAGAACAAUCGGAACAAUUACAGACUGCAGCACACACACCUACACACACACACCUGUGCUUCUAGCUUGUGUAUCCUUGUCACUACUGUCCCUUUCUGCACACCGUAGCAUCGUAUUACCUGGCAUGCUUGAGCUGUAGUAAACACCACACACAUUAAACCAUGUCGUCACAGUUACUGACCCUGUGUCGUGUCCUCUUUUUACGGUCAUGGGUUAAAGGUGAUGCACUGCCUGCCCAUUAUUUUACUAUUGUCUGAAGCCGUUGGCAUUGAGGAGAUGUAUGUAAAGGAAGCUACAUGAAGUGUUAUCAUUUGAAUGUGUUGAGAGACACUCGUUUGUUUUGUAGACAUGACUGACCUCAUGGUUGGUCUGUAUUGUGAGCUGCUGUCACUUUUGGUCUCCAGUGUGUUAACUUCAGAGCUUUGCAAACACAGUUAAUCACCUGUACUGGCAUAAAUAAAACAAUAUGAUACUGUAA